AUGCAUUUAAGCCUUCUUUCCCGUUUUGAAGGUGGUGAUUCCCCUGUCAUAGACAUCAAAGUCGUUCAUUUGGGUGAGUGCAAGUUCAUUGUUGAAACUGAUGGACUGAGCAACCAUAUUACUUUGGCAAGAUACCUUAAAGAUAAUAGCCAACAAGUACAUAUAUGGCACAGACGACAUCACCAUCAUUACCGAGAGCCAGUGAGUCUUGAUCAUUCUUAUAAUGACGCGAAUGAUCAUAAAACUAGUUUUCAGACGGCUUCACAGCCUAAAGGGAGUGUUUUGGCACCAAUGGCUGGGUUAGUGGUCAAGGUUUUGCUAGACAAUGGGGCAAAGGUUGAAGAAGGACGGCCUGUUCUAGUUCUUGAGGCCAUGAAACUGGAGCAUAUUGUCAAGUCUCCUCGUGCUGGUUAUAUUGAGGGGCUUCAUAUUGCAUCUGGUCAACAAGUUUUUGACACUAGCAUUCUGUUAACUGUCAAGGUAAUGUGGGGCUGAGCAGGCUAGCCGGUUUGGCCAGCUAGCGGAUGGAUCGACAAAACCGACCUAGAGAUUGCGGGUCUAGCUCCCUGCUGGAUCGAGCUACAAUUAGAAGGAGUUAAACUGUCGCCAGCCCCUUUCCCCUUUUCUUUUACGU